CCUCGCAUUAGCGGCUGUGGUUUCAACUACGUAGAUAUUCCCAGACCAACGUUACCUUUCCCUCAUUUACGCUGCAGUCACCCACCUCCGAUGUGUUCCUUUAUCAGUUCGCAAAGGCGCACAUUUCCGCACCUGCCACGGUAAGGAAUCGCACUGGGUGCACGCGUAAGCUGAACAGAAGAAAGAGGAGGCAAGGACGUUGCUGGAGCCGGCCAAACGAGAACGCAGGAAGGGAAACCCCGACUGACAGUCCCAGCGCUACACCCAAAGCCAGUCGUUCAAGAUUUGCUUAGCGAAAUGCGGCUGCUAACGAGAUUAGUGCUGGUUACUGUUCUGAGUCUGUCCUUGGUGUUGUCCGGACUGGCUUGCGGACCAGGCAGAGGCUACGGUAGAAGAAAACAUCCGAAGAAGCUGACACCGCUCGCGUACAAGCAGUUCAUACCAAAUGUCGCGGAAAAGACUCUUGGGGCCAGCGGCAGAUACGAAGGCAAGAUCACAAGGAACUCGGAGAGAUUUAAGGAACUGACUCCAAAUUACAAUCCCGACAUUAUAUUUAAGGAUGAGGAGAAGACCGGUGCAGACAGGCUGAUGACACAGCGGUGCAAAGAUAAGCUCAACUCACUAGCCAUCUCCGUAAUGAAUCAAUGGCCGGGUGUUAAAUUGCGUGUAACGGAAGGCUGGGACGAAGACGGUCAUCAUUUCGAGGAAUCUCUCCACUACGAGGGCCGAGCCGUUGACAUCACCACCUCCGACCGGGACAAGAGUAAAUACGGGACUCUGUCUCGGUUAGCGGUAGAGGCAGGGUUUGACUGGGUAUAUUAUGAGUCCAAGGCCCACAUCCAUUGCUCCGUCAAAGCAGAAAAUUCAGUUGCUGCCAAAUCUGGAGGCUGUUUUCCAGGCAGCGCGCAGGUGACGUUGACAGACGGAAGACGGAAAGCGCUUAGAGACCUACAUCCUGGAGACAAGGUCCUGGCAACGGACCACGCGGGGAACCUUGUGUACAGCGAAUUCAUGAUGUUCACAGACCGAGACUCCACCACGCGAAGGGUGUUUUAUGUCAUAGAAACUAAAGAACCCGUUGAAAAGAUUACCCUUACCGCAGCGCACCUCCUCUUUGUACUCGACAACUCAACGAAUGAUAUCCACACUAUGACCACCGCGUUUGCCAGCAAUGUCAAACCUGGACAAAAGGUGAUGGUUGUUGAUGAUAAGGGUCAACUGAUCUCUGUCAUCGUAGAACGGAUAUACACGGAAGAGCAUGAAGGCUCGUUCGCACCAGUGACCUCUCAUGGAACCAUUGUGGUCGACCGGGUGCUGGCUUCCUGUUACGCCGUAAUCGAGGACCACGUGCUGGCCCACUGGGCAUUCGCGCCUGUCAGGUUCGCCUAUGUACUGUCAUCAGUUUUAUUUCCACAAAGCUAUCAGUCAAAUUUAAAUUCAACCCUACAACCUGAGGGAAUCCACUGGUACCCGAGGCUUCUUUAUCAAAUGGGAACUUGGCUCUUGGACAGCCGUGCGCUUCAUCCGUUGGGCAUGUUAGUAAAAUCGAGCUGAAAAUAUCGUAUGGAAAUAAAGCAGGACAUACAAAACUGAUGUAGGAUAUAAGACAAUAUUAGUAUAAAAGAGACAAAGGCCCCGGGAGGAGGUGGGAUAUUUAUUUCACUGAGUUUUACAUUUGUCAUUUUAAAGAGUAAAAAUGGAGCCUUAAAAGUUUUCUUUGAAUAAUUUAUUCUCAUCUGAACUUAGGCUGGUGUCACACAAAUGGACCUGAAUUCAGUGUGACCGGCCAGAUGUGCAGAAUCUAUUUUUGUAUAUUUCAAGAAAACAGGACAGGAAAAAGAUAAUGUAAAAUGAUAGAAAAAAGAAAACUCUUUGACAGGUUAUAAUGUUCUGUGCAUAUGUGCAUCUGACUGUUAUAUUUUGGGGGUUACGCAAACUUUGUGGGGUCCAUAAAUUAUAUUUUUAUACACAGAAUUGUAAAUUAGAUUUUGACCGAUCGUUACCGAAUCACUUUUCAUUAUUUGAAAUAGUGUAAAUUACGAGAAUAUAUUUUAAUUUAAAUAGUUGCAAAGUCUUGGCAAUCCUGUACUGUUAUGCUCAUUAAGAUUUCUCUAGUAUUUUGUAAACUGACGGAGUGGAACCGACGUCUUGCUUCGCGACCACUGUUCUUGCUCCUCACAUGUCACAUGUUUCUUUUCUAUUUUUCUUUGUGAAAACCGAAAUGCACAUUUUGACAAGUCAUUAGCCUUAUUAGUCAUUACAAUAUAGUUCAGAGCAAACAGUUUUGUUUAAUAAAUUAAUAAGUAGCUCAUGUAAAUUUACUAAAAUGUAUUUUUUUCUUUUCAUAUUUUGUAAUAGGUAAAUACGGUAGUUUUAUAGAAAUAAAAUGUAGCAAAUACAUAGGCUAGUAGCCAAUGAGCGCGUGGCCGCAGGCUGCCCGUUAUCUUUAAUAACAGGCAAUGUGUCAGGAAAUGUAUAGAGAUUAUUAUUUAUAUG